AAUGAAAGAGAGUCAGAAAGAAAGAAGAUGCAGGAACAAAAAAAAUAAAAAGCGGAUCAGGAUUUGCUCCAGAUACAUAUUUUCAAAGACCGAAAAGCCGUCGGUCUGCAGUGGGCUGGGAUUUGUGUGGAUAAAGAGGAUUGUGCACAGACAAUGAUGGAAUGGAGAAGCACAACCGGGAUUGGGGUGUUGUUUUCAAGGUGGCAGAGAAAAUGAGGGAUGCAGGAGUCAGUCCCCCCCCCAACCCCCCACCUUCACCACACACACAUACCAUCCCCAUCCUCUCCUUGCCCUCCGCACCACCCUACCCACCGCACUCUCUAAUUUAAGAUGGGGCUGUGUGUUUAUGAGACGCCAGGGUUUCAGGGGCUGGAUGGGCUGCUGUAGGGAGAGAAAAGCAGGGAUGAAGAGCCGAUUGAGAGGGAAGACGAGCAGCAGCAGCAGCUUACAUAAGCCAGUGCACUCAAAGGACGGGCCAUUUAAUUUACAUUGAGCUGCCUGGCUGCUCAUCCACUGUGGUGUUCACUGUGGUUCACAUUGGCUUUUUCUUUUUUUUCAAAUGAUAAAAUGCAGUUUGACCUGACUGGAUGAAAAGGAAGGAUGUGCGAUGACCUUAAAGCGUUGUGUCGGUGUUCCCGAACAGGAGGGCGUUAUAUUUUUCUACAAUCUCAACUUUCUUGCUGGACAGUUCAGUAGAGUGAAACCCCAGCCUUGCAGGUAUUUAUCGCAGCGAACGAUUAGGAUGUCUGCAUGAAGUGCACCGGCAUAAUGGUGCUCACAGCGUGCAGCCUGCUCAUACAACUCAGCUGCAGAUGACUUUUUGUUCUGCUGCCAUCCACUGCGUCGCACUUACGGCGUAUCGAGGCAGCGCAGUCCUCUGUGUGGGCCAUGCCCAAAGGAUAAGUGAAAAAGGCCCCUGUCUAUAACAAAAAAGAAAUCUGAAUGCGUGUGUGUAUUUUAGAAGAGCAGUUGCGCGGAAGUAAAAUGUCAUUUCAGAGGAUGGCAGCCCUAAUGUAACUGGGAUCCUUUGUGUCUCCUCGUGGUCUGUAGUUUGCUUUCUGCUUGGCCAAAUAAAGCAAAAUAAAGCACCUGCUGCGUUUACUGCCUCCUCUGCAGAAAGUGUGUUUUCUGAUGUGAAACUCACUCUGUUGGUAAAGCAGUGGAGCAGUUAGCAUCAGUCGCUUUUCAUUAAGCAGAUCACCACAAAUAACAAUAAGUCUACCUGCUGCAACUUUGGAGUUAGAGCCUUGUAUGUGAGUGAAGGUGGAAGAUCUUUUGAGAAUUCAUUUAUUUUUGAUACUAGGAAACAGUGCAGAUGUAUUUAACCCCCCCUCCCCCCCACACACACACACACGCAUGCCAUAAAUUUUCUAGCACUUAAAAAAAAAAAAAAUGUUACACCAUGGCAUUACUUUAUGAUUAAUCAGCCCUCACAUCUGCUGCAGUUGAUUGGCUAAUUAUCUGACUCAGCUCCAUUUCUGUAUAUGAUGACAUCCAGAAUAUGAGCACAUUAUGGAGUCUAUUUUGGCCUGGGCCCACUUGCUAGUCUGCCUUUAUGAAGUUUGUAUAUGUAUUACAUUGGUUAUUUUACACAUUUGAUAUAAAUUCUCAAAUGCUAAAAGCGACCUUUAACCUGACACUUUGUUCUUGGCCGCCCUCAUAUAUAGAAAAUGAAAUAUCCACAACCAAAAGCAUACAGCGAGCAGGCAGCUUUCAGCAGCCCUGACAAUGUGUGUGUGUUUUAAUGCGGCACCCUAUGUGUCCUCUCCCAUGAGAGGCUUCCUCAGUGGGACUCAUUCUGUAUCUGGUUGAGUAGCAGGGGAGCAGAGUCGCGGGAGAGUCUUGAAUCGAUCGGCCCGUUUUCAUUUCCUGAACCAAACAAGAACCAAGAGAGCUGGGCUCUGUACAUGCGAGCGUCAUGUGGAUGCAGAGCUGUCAGCUUCUAUUGUUCCUUGUUGGCGACGCCAUAAAUUUGUCCUGCUCUCCUUCAGCUGCUGUUUAUACCAACCGUCUCCUCUGAUAACAGAAACAGUAUAGCCCAUAGUUUCAGGUUUGCUUCAUACCGUGUUCCUGCUCAGAAUUAAACCACGAUGCCUGAAGUGACUCUCUUGUCCACACAGCAAAUAGAUGACAGUCCUCACCUGACAGCAUGAAUGCUGCCAAAGUGUUACUUUGAAUUCGCUCUGCACCACAAAGCACCCCCAUUUGAUCAAAGCAAUUUUUAUCUGGUUUUGCACUCAGUGAGAAUCAGAUAAACAUAUCACGAGGUUACCGGGCAGAUUUUGUCCUGGUCUUACUCAGCAUUAUGUCACUCUGCUUGUUUUGGAGCCAUUUUGCAUGGCUACACCCCAGCAGGCUCCCUGUGGGUGCUCAGUUAGGAAGGGCUGUCGGAGGUGGAGACUUCCUCACAUCUGAUGGCAGGAUGCCGGCAGCAUUAGCCACAAGGUAGAUCCUCUUAGCUCGUGCUCUCUGCUGUCACCUGCUUACUGCUGACCGGUGAUCUCCUGCAAGAUCAGGCCUCUUUGGGGUUUUUUUUUCCCUAAUUUCUUUUUUUUGUCAAGGCUUUUGCCCUUCUCCACCUAUUCAGCUGCACAAAUAGAAAGCGGCAUAAUAAAUGUUGGAGAAUGACUCAUGAUUCACAGCGUCAGCUAAAGUAGGACUGCACAAUUGAGAUAAAUCAGCAUGACAAAUAUUCAGGGAGAGUUUUACCGUCUCGGGAGUCAAUCCUCACGGGCUAUUGUCUUUUUGAAAAUAAGCAUCGAAAUACUUAACUAUUAAAACGGUUCCCCCCUGUGAUUUCUGCUGCACGGACUCGCAUGUGCAUGGGACAAUAUUGUUAGAUUUUCAUAAAUUACACGAGGAAAAUUUCGAGCACUUUCAAAACCCGUCAGAAAACCCAUCAGCUUUUUGAGUGUGAAAUCAAGGACAAACUGAGAAAUUGGCCCUUCGUGUACAAAAAGACAUAACCGCUGGCGGUGAAUCACGCUUUAGACCUUUUAAAUAAACGAUGUUGUAAUUGUUCUGAUGGGUAUCAUGUCUUCUGUGCAGAGAGAGGGAAACAGAGCUAGGCAUGUCCAACAACGCGCCCCUGAUGUAAUAGUCCUAAAAUAUGUGGAAGCUGCUAUCUUCAUGAGACAUAUUUAUGUAAGCAUCUGCUGUUAACACAGCCCACAUGAAUACAAUCCCACUUUUUACUCCGUGUUGUGAAAUGCCCCCUUCCAGAAAUAUAUAUUCAAGCUCAUUGUACCAAAUCGCAAAGUACCUCUCUCAGUUAUGUCAUACAUACAUUAAACCAUUAAGCGGUGCAGUGGCUCCUUCUCAUUGUUCUCAUUGCUAUUACAGGAGAGAAGUGCACUCUGGGGUAUUCAGAGCCACUGAAAGCAGACCAGGAGCAACCGUUCAUGCUCGUGCCACGUCACUUUCAUCGCCACAUUCGGUCGAUAGAGAUCAAAAAAAGCAGAAAACAUUUUUAGGCUCUGAUAGGAGUUUAAAAAUACCCUCAUAAGGUUUCUAUUUUGGGGAUGAUACUUGACGUAUUAGAGAUUGCCUCUGUGUUUGUUUCAGGCUGAAGAGGCUCUUUGGGCUGUCACAAAUUUGAGAAGGAAGUUGCAUUCUCAACCGUUUCAUUUGCAUGUUAAAGGCAAAUAAAGAAGUAAAGAGCAGUUUGAACAGGUACCUUAGAGCUCCACAUCGUCUCUCUGUGGGGCACAGCAGCGACCGCACACAGGAAACUGAGAGAUGUGACCUUAGAGGCGCAGAGGAGAGGUUUUUUUUGUGCUUAGCUUCUGCCACAUUUCCCCUCAUUCUAGGUUAAAAAAAAAAGCAGUAAAAAAAGGAAAGAAUUAGGGGAGAAAAUACACUCUACAUACUUUAGAUUUAAGCAGAUUCAGUCUGUGGCCCGGUGAAUUACCAAUCCCCAUUACUGCACACUUCCCAGAAUGCACAGCGUGCAUUUUCAUUCACAAGUGGAAAGCCACAGAUGUACGGAACAUGUUCCCUGUUUUGACUGUACCCUACGCACAUAGCAUCACAUCAAAACCCUUCAGUAAACGAUGCGCUGUUUGCGUCAUCGUACUUAACAUAUUGGUGCAUGAGCUACUCUUUGCUUCCCUUUUUUCUAUCUAGGUCAGAAAGUGCCGUGACGCUGGUGCAAAUAAAACAAGUGCCACCAGGCAGUAGUUUGGCUGCAAAGUGCAGCAAGGUAGCCGCAGUGUUCACAUGUGCAAAAUAAUAGUUUGUCAGCAGGGUUUGCCUUCAUAUUUUCACACAUAUGUUGGUCUUCUUUGUAAGUAGCUGCAUUAGCAUCAGGGCAAAACUUUGCUUUAGAAUAUUUGCUCUAGAGGUGCUGGUUGAGGGGAAUCCAGCACUGCACUACAGCUGCGACAUUUACAUAUAAUGAUGCUCAUAGCUGUGGAUUUCUUACAAUAUUGAAAUGUUUUAGCACAAAAGACAAAUCGUAUUAUCCAGGGGGAGAUGGAAACGACAACUUCCUUGUGUGUUUUUUUUUUUUUUUCAGUACUUUGGUCGAGCUUGAUUUCCGUAUCGAAGACGUUGCUACACAAGCAGGGAGAAUGGCUUGAUGUGAGGCUUUACAGAUGCCCGCGCAUCUGUGAGAGACAUUAGUCUAUUUCUCCAAAUAAUGAUAGCAAUUUGUGUCCUCUGAGCUCAUAAUGAGCGUAGAUGGAACCAGUGUAGCUUGUAAGCGUGAUGGCAGCCAUUUAGACGUGGCCUUUCCUCACUCCUGUACCCCGAAGUCAUAAGCAACACUUAUUUAGAGUGAGUGAGGACGGCAUUUGAUUCGAUUUGCUCCAGUAAACAAAGAUGUUGAGCUUAAAACGUGUGAUUAAUUCAGGGCAUCGGCAUUGCAGCUAUUUUAUGUCUCUUUACAGCAGGGACAGUGAGGAAGCAGAGGAUGUCGGAGUCUCUUCCUCUGGAAGUAGACAGUGUACAGUUACUCUUCAGCGUGCCUUUAAAGCAAUAUUGAGCAAUCUCGUUUCCUCUGCCUCAGAGCUGGUUGCACAGAUGACGGAGGGGUAACAGUGAACCGUUGAGCCUCAAUAUAAUAGAUACAGUCAUGAAGCUGAGGGUCAGUUCCUUUCUCUGUCACACAAACCCAGGCACACAGAAACGGGGCAUUUGCAGGGGGACAGCUGCUCUUCCUGUUUCUGUGUGGACAGCGUGCAACAUCUAUAAGGACACUGUUUUAUAGAGUCAGCAGACGCACACAAAGACACACAUGCUCUCAAAGUACCUCUCGCAUCUGUGCCUUAAACCUCUCUGCCUUCGUCUCUCUCGUGGUGUGCCACAAGGUGUAUUUUCAGAUUUACAGGAAGUGGCAGUGCUCUGCCAGCGCGUAGAGUUGAUGUCAUGGCAAAUAACAUGUAAAACAAUAGCAUGAGUUAAGUAUCUUUAUUUAACUGUGGACAAACAGCACCACAGUUGUGAUAGAAAGAAAAUUUGUGCAUGAGAGUGCGUGAGUUGUGCAUUGCGCUGUUUAAUGCAAGAGGAAGUUCCUGUAGGUUGUAAUACUAUAGAAAAGGCUUUUCGGAGCAUACUUCCUCUUUGCAUUUAGGCGGGCAAUUAAAAUAAUGCAAAAUGAUCACCAAAUGCAGUGAUUUGUGAAACUUUCAGAUUUGUACUUUGUGCUCUGACAGCCUCUUCUUCCAUUUUAGCAGCUUGUUUUUCAGCUUACAAAAAGACGGCCAAAAAAGAACUGAAACUGGACGAGACACCACUGGAGUCACACGUUAGAUGACCUUAACCAUACUUGCUUACUGUAAGAGACGAGGCACGUGUACAGAGAGAGAAGUCGGGCGCAGUCUUAGAUUUAAAAAAUAAAAAAAUCAUAACAAAUAAAGCUCCAGUGAUUGCUGUGUGUGUGCGUGGAUGGACAAGGGAGCAACCAAACAAUGAAUAAUUAACAUGGUAAACCCUCACCCCUUUUUACCCCGUCCUAUUAAUAAUGUAAUAGACUCAUUUUCUGUCUUUCAGGGAGAACAGCUCUCCUUGAAGUAUGAAAUCUGUUAAAUUGUGUUGAGUGGCCUCUCUAUCUAUAGAGUUUAGAGGAAAUCUGUACCUCUAUAUAUAGUCAUAACCAACAGUGCAGUACAGCAGAGCUGAUGCAAACACAAACGACACUUCACUCUUUUUACUUAUUGGUCAUUUUGCAGGGGAGUACAUUUAAGUUCCCACUGAACUAAGUACACCCGACAGAACAAUAAAGCAAGCAGACAGUCUUGAUGUCAUAGACUGUAGGUAAAAGAUGGAUGUAGUGACUAUGACCUCAUCUACUGAUUUCAUGAGCCUCAAUUUCAGUAUUCUGGCUGUGGUCAUGUUGGUUUCUUACAGCAAUAUGUUGAAGAAAGAGUGAUGAGCUGAGUUAUCAGCUCACACUAGCAGGUUUGUUAAGCAAGCCACAUACAUAGGUUCUAUGGGCACAACGCACAGACACUUGCACAGCAAGCCAUAAUAUUGUUUUGUUAGCUAAAUUAACAUUUUUUAAAAAAGGCACCACCACUGCAACCAGAGACCCAAGUCAUCUCUUGUACCUGGCAGUGAACUUGUUUGACUUUUAUCUUGUCUCCCUCCUCUCACCCCCAGCUGGUUGCAGCCCCUCACUGAGCCUUGUUCAGCCAGAGGGUUUUUUUUCCUGUUAAAAGGGAGAUUUUCCCUCCCACUGUCGCCGUGCUUGCUCACAGGGGCUUGUUUGAUUGUUUUCUUUGUUUUUUCUCUAUUGUGGGGUUUUAAUCAUACCCGACCUACGGUGGCCAGCUAGAGACAAAGCGUAUACAAACUCAAAAACACAACGGAAGUGCUCCAGGACGCUAGGGGCAGUGUUGAGCUCGAUUUGCAAAAUAAACAGCAAGUUUGUUGCAAACACAUGGACUUGGAUACCUGCGGAAAACACCUGCAAGGAUAGAACAACCGUGCUUUAUAAGAAAAGUAAUGUGCAAACUGUUGUUUGUUUGAUUUGUUUUUAAUUACUAUCAACGUUUGGUUUAUGGUGGAGUCAAAUCUGACGUUAGCUAACAGUCAGUGUGCUUUGCUCAGAGAGAAGCUCAACACUGCCCCUAGCGUCCUGGAGCACUUCCGUUGUGUUUUGGAGUUUGCACAUGCUUCGGAGUUUGUUCGUGCUUCGGAGUUUGUGCGUGUUUUGGAGUUUGUACGUGCUUUGUCUCUAGGGGCCACCGUACCCAACAGUUGAUGUGAUUUGACGCCAUAUAAAUACAAGCGAACAGAAUCGAAUUGAAUUUAUUUCUACUGAAACUUUUAACAUUUUAACAGGAAAGUCCAUUGGAGUUUACUGGCUCGUUAAACCAGCCUUUAGCGUCCAGUUGCAGAACUGCAUUUUUCAUACUUUGUCACUCAUGCUUCAAAAUACCAGAUGCAGUCAUUGCUUUCUUGUUGAGCCGUGACACUUCGAUUGUCAUGAAGAAAAUAAUUGCCGACAACAACUCUGACUAACCACUCUCCUGUCAGCAUCACCUUGAAGUUCUGCAAAAACAUAAUAAAAGCAAGACUAAAAACAAUUCUUUCAUUCCAUUAGCGAUGAUGGAUGUGUACUAUCAAAGGCAGAACUGCACAGAAAUUUUCUGACAGGCUCUGACAGGUCAUACUUGUUGGCUUGAGUACCUGUGUCACUGCAAAAUAUUGCUCACAGUAAUGGCAGAUGUAUUUCUUUUGAGACUCUUCAAAAACCUGCUGUUUUUCUUGUCACCUUGAUAGCUAUCCUCUUUGUUAAAAUCGGUCCAUUGAGCACCAGGUGCCAACAGGAAUGGAGGCUUAUGUGUCUUUGGGGACCAAUAGCUGAGACGAGCAUUUGCAAAACUGUUUGAAUUAAAAGAGAAGAAUAAAACACAUCACAAAAGAACGAGAGUGCAUCAUCUACUUAGAAGCCUCUGGACUUGGCCCAGUUCACUGUUUGCAGUGUGGUAGUGGGUCCAUGAGGAAGAUUGAAGAAGCCAGAGCAAGUGUUGGGCAUUAGAAUGAACUCAUUUUCUGAAUCAGGUCCAGCCACAUUAAUACACAUUUACUCUCUUGAAAGCACUGCAGCUGCUCCAGCUCGAUGUCACAUAUUCGGAGGCAGAGCAGGAAUGCAACCUGAUCUCAAAUGUAGCAGGACUGCGAACGAUCAAUAAUGAGAGUGAGACUGAGCCUGGCUUUAAAUUUCCCCAAAUCAAUCACUGUUAGGAGUUGAUUUAGACCUUGUGGUUAAGAAUCAGCAAGACAGCUUUUAACUAUAAGGAUAGACAGUGGUGUUAGAGGAGCUGUCCUGCAAAGCUGGACACUUUCUAAUAGCUGCCUGAGUCAAACUGUGUGUGUCACUUUAUGGUCACAUGUCAAAACAGUGUCUUUUGAAAGACUUGCAUGCAUCUGUGGCGACAAGUGUGGUGUUUCACAACUUCAGCUUCGUCUUUGAAAGAUGCCAAGCACAGAAAGAAGUUGCAGGUCGAAAUGACCGCCACAACCUGACGUGAUGGAGUUGAUAAGCCUGCAGUAACUUUUGCCACUGAUCAGAUCUAAUUGCUGCUAAGCUGUUAAGCUGAUUGCUGCAGCUUCACCCAAAGGGAAACCAGAUCAAAUCUCUAUCGUCUUGAUCGGGAGGCUAUCUUUUUUUUCACGGUCAAAUGCUUGCAAUGGCCGCGCCAUCGGCGGUAAUUACGAUAAAAGCACAUGAGCUGAAGGUUGAGUCACUUUAACAAAGUAAAAAAAAAAAUGUGCUCAUUCACUCUGCAGUGUGGCAGCCAGUCUCCAAUAAGUGUGGUGUACAAACGAUGACGACACACAUCCUCUCGGAGUUCAAAAGUCACUCGUCUCUUCCUGUUUCACAGGACGUAGACUCGCAUGAGCCGGUGCAAAAUAAGUCAAGCGGCCGUGACUUCCCCAAAACUGUGCAUGUUUAAUUUGACUCUCCUCUGACUUCCGCGUGUGUCCUAACGUUGUACACAAGAGGCGCAUUAACCUUGUCCUGGACUUAACACGGACGUGGUACUCACCUACUGUCAUCAGUUAAGCCAGCCAAGCCCAGAGCAGUAAUGGUCCUUCAAAGCCCAUCUGGUGCACUAUGCAAAGACAGAUAAUACUUAAAGAUUUUCACCCGGUCAGGUUGCCGGUGGAUAAGACCGAAAGAGAGGCCGCAGGCACUGAAAGCGUGCACACGGAAGGACGCUGUGUUGAUACAUAAGGAGCCUCUCUUACUCAGAGGACACAGAGUCAGGCUCCAGUGAUGAUCCUCACAUCCUUUACAGGAAGGAGCACCCCGCAACUGGAGUACCACCUAAACACACAUCUGCACACCUGGAUGGACCGCUGCAGAAAACAGGAGCACUUUUUCGCGUGUCCUCAUCUUCCACACUUGGGAACGUAUUGACAGAGUGCAGUGUCUCACACAGCAUCUGUGAGAGCCUGAGAGUGGAGAAGAAGGUCAGCCUUCGUAAGUGGUGUGAAUGAGGACUGAGUUUGCUGCUUUCGCUCAGUGUUCCCAUUUCACACCAGCGCCAUAGAGACCGGGACAACAAUUUAACUGGGAGGGUGGGGUUAGCGGGAAGCCCUGGAGCAGAGUGGAGAAAAUACCGCUGGACUGGAGUUGGUUUGUCAGGUGGACACCAUGCAGUCAGACGACCUCUUCAUUCGCAAGUUUCGCCGUCAGAAUCAGCGGCCGCCUAUCGCAGCAGUCAACUUUGACCCCAAGAGGGAAACGGGUGUAGUGGAGUGGCCGCCAAGAAGGGACGGCGAUGGGGCCGAAGCGGACAGCCUCACCCCGAGCCGCGCCGGGUUGACCCUGCGGUCCAUGGGCCGGGGGCACAUCAUGCAGAGAAGUAACAGCGAUGUCACACUUGGGGACUUGGACUCCUCUGGGAAGGCGGGGGGGAAAACAGCGCGAGUGGUUGGUGAGAAGGUGGAUGCUGGGGUUCAGGGAGACACAGGUGUGCUGUUACACAGGGAGUACGGCAGCCUGUCAUCACUCGAGAGACAGACUCAAGCCCAGGAGCCAAGAGCAGACGACCAGGGACCCCUGAGUCCAAGUGCCCUCCGCUUCAAAGACCCUUUCCUGCUUUUAGGGCUGCAGGGACACCCUCCAGAACCCGAUGGAUACUUUCGAGGUGUUUGCACGGUGGAUGGCCCAAAACCCGUUAAGCCACCAAAGCCUGAAGGUCUUAGCAAAAAGUCUAAACCCACGACCUCUCAGGUCCCUCAACCAGUUCCAUAUGACAACAUCGGGGGCGGAGCCUGGGUGAGGAGCUUUGCUCACUAUGACGUGCAGAGCAUCCUGUUUGACCUAACCGAGGUAGCCACAAACAGAGACAGCAUUGGACGGAAAAAGAAUAUCACCUCAGGGGCUUCAGCUGCCUCCCAGCCCCGUCCCCUCUCCCUGUCCACCCCAUCCUCACCUGCGCAGGGCGGGGUUGGCAGCACAGGGAACGCAGAAGACAACGAACAGUCAAUGAUGCUAGAUGAAGGUGAUGGCAACGAUAACGAGCUCCUCCUCAGCUGCCCCCACUUCCGCAACGAGACUGGAGGAGAGGAGCAGGCGGGCCUGGGUCGAUCCCAGGGAAGGAAGGGACUCUGGUCUAGCCUUCGCAUCCCCAACGAUGCAGUUUCGGUCCUGGAAGAGCCCAGAGAGAGCAAUGUGCAGCAGCAGGGCAAGAGCAACUACUUCAUAGAGCAUGCUGAUCUGGGAGCCCAUUACUAUCGCAAGUAUUUCUACAUGAAAGAACAUCAGAAUUUUUUUGGAAUUGACGAACGCCUCGGGCCGGUGGCCAUCAGCUUCCGUCGAGAGGAGAAAGAAGGAUCCAGCGGCGCUCAGAACAACUGUAGAAUCAUAUUUCGCACCACAGAGAUGAAGACUCUGCGAGGUUCCAUCCUGGAGGAGUCGGUGCCCUCUGCGGCUCGACACACGACCCCCAGAGGCUUGACUCCCAAGAGGCUGUUGGAGUUCAUCAUGCCUGAGCUGAACCAGCACUGCCUUCGCUUGGCCUCAAACUCCCCCAAGGUGCGGGACACCCUGCUCAAACUGGAUGAACAGGGGCUGAAUUUUCAGCGAAAGGUUGGGAUAAUGUACUGCCGGGCCGGGCAGAGCUCAGAGGAAGACAUGUACAACAACGAGAGCUCCGGGCCGGCAUUUGAGAAGUUUCUGGAUCUGCUCGGGGAACGGGUGCGACUGAAGGGCUGGGAAAAAUACCGAGCUCAGCUGGACAACAAGACCGACUCAACUGGGACUCAUUCGCUCUACACGCGCUACCAGGACUACGAGAUUAUGUUUCAUGUGUCCACCAUGCUGCCCUACACAGCCAACAACACACAGCAGUUGCUGCGGAAGCGCCACAUCGGUAACGACAUUGUGACGAUCGUGUUCCAGGAGCCGGGCGCUAUGCCCUUUACUCCGAAGUCCAUCCGCUCCCAUUUCCAGCACGUCUUCAUCAUCGUGCAAGUUCACGAGCCCUGCACCGAGAACACCUACUACAGGGUGGCUGUGACACGCUCUAAAGACAUCCCAUUAUUCGGGCCUCUGUUCCCCAAAGGUGCCCGAUUCCCUCGCUCGGCCGCCUUUAGAGACUUCCUCCUGGCGAAGGCGGUCAACGCUGAAAAUGCUGCAGAGAAGUCAGAGAAGUUCCGCUCCAUGGCCACCCGCACGCGUCAGGAAUACCUGAAGGACCUGGCGGAAAACUACGUGACCACCACGCCCAUAGACUCCUCCACUAAGUUCCCCCUGCUCUCCCUGGGCGGAAAGCGCAAAGACAAGAUGAAGGGCGCCAAAGGGGCCGAGCUGCACAGCAAUGGGGCCCUUGUGUGGGCGGUGAUGGUGAACAGCAUAGAUGAAUGGGAAGCCGGAGAGCACAAGCUCCCCUGUUUGCUCGGCGUGUCGGCCGAAUCGGUGGUGCUCAUUGAGAGGUACUCGCGCAAGGUGGUGUUCAACUGCUCCUGUCGCGAUGUCAUUGGCUGGAAGGCGGUGACAGAGCCCAAAGACGGGGGGCCCUGCUUAGAUAUCUUCUACGAGCGCGGGGAGUCGGUGUCGAUCAGCAUGAUGGAGAACCAGGCAGAAGACAUACGAGAGGUGGUGCAGAGGCUUGAGCUGGUUACACGGGGCUGCGAGGCUCUGGAGGUCACACCCCUGCGCGACGGAGUGGGGCAGCCCGGCUUCCUGAUGAACGAGGAGGGCUUUGUGACGGAGCUGCAGCGGUUUUGCUACGCUGAGAGCGGAGGCCUACAGCUGUGGGCUCGCGUGGUGCGGCUAUGCGGGCACUCGCUGGUUCACCUGAGCCUCGACGAGAGGACCAGGCUGCUCCGCACCGCCCACAAGAUCCACAUCACCGUCAUCCCACCGGACGAGAACGGCAAGCCUCGCAGGAGUUUCUCUGAGCUGUAUCUGAAAGCCAUCAAGGAUGCAGAGUGCAAGCCCGGUGAGAAUCAGUCAGGAGAGGCCUGGGUGCUGGACGAAAGGGAGGAAGAGGAGGAGGCAAAAAAAGAGGAUGAUGAUGUGAAGACGGGCGGGGUCGAGGAGCCGGACACAAAGGAGGCGCAGGCGGAGACCGACGAAGGCGAAGAGCAGCUCUGCGAUAAAGUGGAGAGCGAGCGCAAUCCGUACUCGCUCCUCACAAUGCCCAGCUUACCUUUGUUACGAGCCACAUCUCUGCAGGACCAGCCGGCCAAUCAGGGCCAGGAGGGCAGCGCUUCGCAGCUCCCGCGCAGCUACUCUCUGGAAAAACAGCUGUCCUACAGCGACACUUGCGACGCGGGGCACGUGUAUGACAACGUGGGGUUGAAGGUUGAACACCACAUCUAUGAGAACAUCGGGGAGCUGAGGGAUGCCACACCUGAUCUGAUCCUGGAAGUCAAACCGAAGGUUCCCCUCGACGACGAGCAGUUCAUGGGGGCCGAGUUUGGCGAUGACAAAGCCUCGGCGAGUGACUCCUCUCUCUCGUCUUCGCGGCUGUCAAGUGUGGACCGAGCUGAAAGAAAUUCACGAGCCCUGAGUCUUCAUAACUCCAUCACCAAGAUUCUCUCGGAGACAACAGAUUCGACCGAGGAGGAGUGGCAGUCGAUUUCUGACCUGGCCACAGCCUGCCGCAACAUCCUGGAGGCUUUGUCACGAGAGGACCGCAAAGCCGGAGACCCUUCCCAAGCAGGCGCUGAUCAAACUGACGGCAAGCCAAAAGAAUCAAAGGAGAGUGACUCUCCAGGCCACCUGGAGGAGAAGGUGUCGCAGCUGGAGGCCAUGCUGAAGAAGCUGCAGGAUGACCUGCAAAAGGAGAAGGAGGACAAGGCGGUGCUGCAGGCUGAGGUGCAGAGCCUCAGGCAGAACAACCAGCGGCUGCAGGAGGAGUCACAGAGCACGGUGGCCCGUCUCAUCAAAGUCACCGAGCUGCUGUGCAACGUCAACAAGCCUUGUUAGCUUCACCGCCGCACGUGCGUGCACGCACGGAAAUCAGCAGAGUGAUGCAAAUCGUACAGUGCGGGUUUUUUUACGCUCGACACAUUUACUUUGUUCUGACAUAUUUUGAAAACACACACACAUACCUAUCCUCUUUAAUCUCACAGUCUCUUGUCCUAAAUCCUGGACUUGCCUGCUGGUGAGGGAGUAUGCAAAUCAAUUUUAGGGGG